CACACUGCUGCUAUUGACUCACUCCUCCCCUGGACCAGACAGAGAACAGAGCAGCAGUCUGUGCCUUGCUCUCACCUCAUACUCUUCUCACCACACCAGGGAUACACAUCCAGCCGCCGCCCGUCUGCCACCAGACAACCAGAGGAACCAUGGUGCUCUACCACAGGGAGUUUGACAAGGCAGGCAGGGCAGCCGGUCUCCAGAUAUGGAGGAUAGAGAAGAUUGAGCUGGUCCCUGUGCCUGAGAACCUGCAUGGGAGCUUCUAUGUUGGGGACGCGUACGUGGUCCUCCACACCAUCAAACAGCGGGAUAGCUGCUUCUACGACCUGCACUUCUGGCUGGGUAAGGAGUGCAGCCAGGACGAGAGCACGGCGGCGGCCAUCUUUACUGUUCAGCUGGAUGAUUUCCUAGGAGGGAAGCCUGUCCAGUACCGAGAACUGCAGGGGUUCGAGUCCACCGCCUUCACACGCUACUUCAAGGGAGGCAUCACAUAUAAAGCUGGAGGCGUGGCCUCUGGGUUCCAUCACGUGGUCACCAACGACCUGUCAGCUCUGAGACUAUUCCAUAUCAAAGGUCGCCGCGUCGUCAGGGCAACUGAGGUCACCCUCAACUGGUCCAGCUUCAACACAGGGGACUGCUUCAUCGUGGACCUUGGAGCAGUUAUUUACCAGUGGUGCGGUUCAGAGUGCAACAAAUUUGAGCGCCUGAAGGCAGCACAGGUGGCUGCCAGUAUCCGGGACAAUGAGAGGAAUGGCCGAGCAAAGCUGGUUGUCGUGGAAGAGUGGAGCGAGCCGCCUGAGUUAACUGAGGUACUUGGCAACAAGCCAGAUCUACCAGAAGGUGAUGACAAUGACGAUAUGAUGGCAGAUAUCUCCAACAGGAAGAUGGCCAAACUCUACAUGGUAUCUGAUGCGUCCGGAGAAAUGCAGGUGACCCUGGUCUCAGAGGAGAACCCGUUCUCUCAGAGCCAUCUGCUGUCUGACGAGUGCUUCAUCCUGGACCACGAGAAGAGCAAGAUGAUCUUUGUCUGGAAAGGCCGUAACGCCAACCCCAGCGAGAGGAAGACUGCCAUGAAGACUGCUGAGGGCUUCAUCAAGCAGAUGGGCUACCCAGCUAACACACAGAUCCAGGUACUUCCAGAGGGUGGGGAGACUCCCAUCUUCAAGCAUUUCUUCCAGGGCUGGAGGGAUAAAAACCAGAGCGAAGGGUUUGGGAAGGUCUUUGUGACCGAGAGGAUCGCAAAGAUACGUCAGGUGGAGUUCGAUGCCUCUAAACUCCAUGAGUCCCAGGGCAUGGCAGCCCAUUAUAACAUGGUGGAUGACGGCACAGGAGACACUCAGAUCUUCAGAGUGGAGAGCAGUGGUCGAGUCCCAAUCGACCCAAAGACCUAUGGCCAGUUCUAUGGAGGAGACUGUUACAUCAUCCUCUAUACAUAUAAGAGAGGACAGAUAAUCUACACCUGGCAGGGGGCUAGCAGCACUCUAGAUGAGCUCACAGCUUCUGCCUUCCUAACUGUGGAGCUCGAUCGCUCUCUGGGUGGGAAUGCAGUUCAGGUGAGAGUAUCCCAAGGAAAAGAGCCUGCCCAUCUCCUAAGUCUGUUCAAAGCCAAACCCCUCAUCGUGUAUAAGAGUGGUACCUCACGCAUCGGAGGCCAGGCACCUGCGGCCCCCACACGCCUGUUUCAGGUCCGACGUAACCUGGGCACAAUCACACGCAUCGCAGAGGUGGAUGCGGAGGCUAGCAGCCUGAACUCUAACGACGCAUACCUGCUGAAGCUGCCCUCGGGGGGGAGCUACCUGUGGGUGGGUAAGGGCGCCAGCGAGGACGAAGAGCGGGGGGCCCAGUACCUGAGUCAGGUGCUGAAGUGUCAGACGCAACGCAUCGUAGAGGGACAGGAACCAGCGGACCUCUGGGCAGCGUUAGGGGGGAAGAAGGACUACCAGACAUCAGAGAGACUGGCGAGUAAGAGCCUCACUCAACAACCUCGCCUGUUCGCCUGCUCCAACAAGACUGGCAGGUUCAUCAUUGAGGAGGUUCCAGGAGAGUUCAGUCAGGAGGAUCUAGCAGAGGAUGACGUGAUGCUGUUGGACGUCUGGGAUCAGGUGUUUAUCUGGAUUGGCAAAGAUGCCAAUGAAGUUGAGAGAACUGAAUCUGUAAAAUCAGCCAAGACAUACAUCGAGACGGAUCCGGGCGGUCGGGAUAAGAGGACCUCCAUAGUGGUGGUGAAGCAGGGUCAUGAGCCCCCCACCUUCACAGGGUGGUUCCUGGGGUGGGACGUGGCACGCUGGGACUCAGACACCAUGGCCAGGACCAUGAAGACACUGCAGAUUUAGCAUCAAUGAAUCCCAAAAGUUAUAACACCAUUAUAACACAGUUUAGACAGUUCUAAUAGUUAUAACAUUCACUCUGUAUUCAGUAGAGGGUUUACAAAUACUAGUGUGAAAGAAGGUUUAGCUUGCCCUUCAGGGACUAGUGUUAACCACAGAUGAAGUGUACCGCUUGGACAUCUGUGUUGUUUUUGUUCCAAAGACAAAAGACCAAAAAGUAUAUAUGAUAUAUAAGAUAUAUGAUGUUAAUUUUAAUGCGGAUCUUUACAUUUGGACAACGUCUGGAAAUAAGUAUUGCUAUUUGCUCUAUAAAAACAAAAAUACCAAUAAGACGUUUGUAAUUUGUGUGUUGGCGAGUAUGGAAGAUUGAAUGCUUUUGUCAUUAAAAACUCUGAUGGAAAAUG